UUUUUGCUGUGAAUCAGAUAUCAUGGCACAGCAGAUGUUGACAACCUUGGCUUUAAUAUCUUCUGGAUUAUUUUCUGGGACACCAUGAAGUCUGAGGUUCCAUCUCCGUCCAUACCUUUCUGAUUCAUUAWGCUUAGAUUGCAGAUCUGCUAUUUGUCUGUCAUAUUUUUCACUGGCAUUUUUGACCUCUCUCAAAAUCAGUUUUAACAGAUUCAACUUCUGCAAAGGCAAAAUCAAUGGACCUCUUCAGGGCUUCGAUGCUGACUGAGUUCUUGGUAAUCAUACCUUCAAGAUUAUCUGCUCGCUCAUUGACUGUGGCAAUGAUGUUUUCCUGUAAAUCUGCCAAAGAUAUAUCAGCCUUUUUCUUUUUUUCUUUUGGCUUGACCGGUGUAUCAGGAGUAGAUAAUGGCAGGGAUUUAAGAUCAUCAUCUUGAUUAUCAGCGGUGCAAGCUUCAGAGGCUGUGUAAUCAUGAUCCAUCACGUUAGCUGAUGUAGCAACAGUAGAUGCGGUAUUUUCUGAUAGGUUUGUUGCUGUUGUUUUAGGAAUAUCUGGUGUUCCAAAAAGACAUAACUUUUAUGUUGACCAAAGGUUAUUUCUCUUUGCGUUUCUUUCCUUAGCAAUAUUAGCUGCGUGAUCCAAUAGGCAGAAAAGGCUGUUAAGUCAAUAUUAAAUAAAAGACCAGUAUUCGGUAGGUUCUGAGAAUGUUUACACAAUAUUUGUAGGUUUUUUUAGUGCAUCGUAUUAAAUUGAAUCUUGGAAAUAAGGGAUAGAAAUCCGAAGAGCUGCUCAGCUACUAAAGUGUGCGUCUGCUUCGGUCGCCAUCUUGGCCCCGGCCCCUCGAACAUCGACUCAUGCGUUAUACAUCGUCCAAAGUUAGACGAGGUGCUGUUGUACGUUACGUCGCCUCCAAGCUCCAGUGGGCAAAUGCCAAAUAUGAGGGUUUCCUCAAAAGGCGAUUCCCAAGGGUUUAUCAGAUGCAUCGCACCGUUGUGGAAGGAUUCAAGCUGCUGCUCCAAGAUGCCAAUGAUAUUAAAAGGAUAAAAGUAAAAAUGGGGACCCAGGGGAUAGAAUUCCAGGAUUUGCCCUACAGAGAGAUGGAGAAAUUCAGACAAUUUCACAAAGACGUGAUGAAGGCCAUCCCAAUUUUUUUGAUCUGUAUUCCUCCUUUUGCAAACUACCUGGCUUUUGUCUUGAUGUACUAUUUUCCACGUCAGCUCCUGCUUCCUCAGUUCUGGACUCCCAGACAGCAGGUGGAGUUUCGGCGAGUGUACCAUUCCCUCAGGGCUCAGCACUAUCAGCCAGUUCUCAAAGAGCUCCAGUGUUUGAGCCAGAAGGUCCAAAAUAGACCCCUGCAAGAUCGCCUUAAGGACCUCUGCACUAAAGUACAAAGUGGAGAAAACCCUCGAGUGCCUGAAAUCCUUGCUGUUAAAAGCCUGUUUUCUGAAGCUCCUCUGGGGAUUAAGAAGAUGAGUGUUGCACAUAUGAGAUGCAUCAGCCCCCUUCUCUUCCUGACGCCUCGCCUCCCGGGUUUCAUGAUUGGUCGUCGGCUGAACAGCCACGCCCUGGAGUUGCUUCAGCUGGACCGGGCCCUCAGCAAACUGGGCCCUCAGCAGCUAAGUGACUCUGAACUCAAACAGGCUUGUUACCUGAGGGGGAUCAGUUCUGAAGAUCUUGAUAUUAACCAUUGUCGUGAGUGGUUAACCCAGUGGCUUCAGAUUUCUUCCUCGAUAAAAGAGUCAGAGGUGUCACUUCUUUUGCACUGCAUUGCACUUCUCUCAGCAAACCACCCGAAGGCUCCACACCGUCAGUGACAGGAGAGCCUGAUGCCAGCGGCCUUUGUGAUCAUGGGUGUUUUCAUGUGCUGCACUGCACCACCUCUUACAUCUGUCAACAUCUAUUUGUUGUAAAGGGAAAAAAAGAUUCCCGACAAGAUUACUCGAGAAAAACUGAAGGGCACUGAUACCUAUCUGAAGCACCAACAACUACCACAAACCAGGUGCUGAUGCAUUUGUAGAUGUGAGAAUUCAGGAGAUAAAUAUGACUUCAGAGUUUCUUUAUCAGACAGAUCAGUUUUCUUUUGUAAUUCUGAUGAUAAUCAGGAAAAAGUUAAAACAAAUGUGAUGUACACGACUCGUUUAAAGGAUGUUGGAGGCUAAAUGUGUUGUUUGUUAAUGUAGUCUUGUUUAAACUCACGUUACAUGAGCAGUUUGAAUCAGCUGGAGAAAAGCUAGGGCCCAUAUUUAUCAAACUUCUUAGAAUUACUCUUAAGAAUGCUGUUAAGAGUGGACUCCUGUGUAAAAACAUCUUGGCUUAAAAGUCAGUUAUCAAGCGUCUCAGUCUCACUUUCAGAUGUUUCAGAGCUUGAGGAGUAGAUGUUGAGUUUGCAACCCCUCCUCCUCCUAGUCUCUCCACUGAACUGCCUGCAGGCACCACUUCCACACACACACACACACACACACACACACACACACACACACACACACACACNCACACACACACACACACACACACACACACACACACACACACACACACACACACACACACACACACACACGCCCGCUCUGAUGCCACCACCCCUCCUCACCCCAUUCCUAGGCCUAAGAAUUUUGAUAACUGGCAUUUACACUUGGGUCUGAAAAUAGGUGCAAAUCUAAGAAAUUCUCAGCACUUGAGUCUAAAAUUCCACUCUAAGAAGUCUGAUAAAUACGGGCCCAGAUAUUGCAAUCAUAAAAUUAUAGCUUUAAAUAUGAUUGUUCUUAAAAAUGUGACAUUUUCUCAAGUAUUUUUUUAUGUUUACUUUAAAUUUUGCUGGCUAUAGCAACGUUGUUUAAAGACAUUUAGACACUGAAAAUUUGGGACACUUAAACAUGUUUGCAUGAUAACAAGCUUCAGUAACCUCUCAGCUACUUACAAAGCAGAACUCCACAGCUCUUGCACCCAUACUUGGUGUGAUGAAGCAUAAAACUAUACUUGUCAUUUGCUUCCUGUGCUUUUUGCAAGUUUUUAUCACUAAGCUUUUGAAAUAAGUUGCAAAGUCAUGUUCUCUCUGAAAUCUUUUAUUUAUUAUUUGAUCAAUAGAAUUUUAUGUUCUUGUGCCAAUAAUAAAUAUACUGUUUUGGAGUUUUAUCUGCAAUAAAUAUCUUUAUGUUGCCUCUAUUUUCUCUGUUAGUUUUUUUUUGUAGAAAAAAAAGUUAUUUAAAGAGUCUUUAAUAAAAUAGAUCCUGAAAACCAGCAACAUAUUACACAAACCAAAAACAGAUUUAGUAUCUCGAACAGUACAAGAAGUGUAAACAAAUCUUUUAUCCCAGAACAUUCACCAAAUUUACACUGAAAGUUAACCUACUUUUCCUAUGCAUUUACUGUAUCAGCAGAUGUAUACAGGUCCUUCACAAAAAAUUAGCAUAUU